UGCGCAAGGCAAAUUGAGUGUGGCUGUCAUAUUGUGGAGAGUCGGUUGAACAAGCUAGCCGAGUUUUUGCAAACGAUCAGUUUCAAAAUUUGUAUUCUCACGGGUACGAGUCCAGGGAGAAUUGGAAUUGGCCAGGAAGUAAGCUGAAAUGAUGACAUCUGACCCAAAUUCGUGUUCAACGGAUCCUUUCUCGCUCACACCCACAACACGACGCCCAUUUCAUGACAGCUUAUUCUGGGCGCCGUCAGUCUCCCCGACCUGAACGGGAUUUUCAGCACCAGAAUUUCCCGCGACGAGUUUUCCGUAACAUUCAAGCGGGUAAUUCAAAGCUUAGGCAGAAUUUCACGACCGGUCUUUGCGAUGACCCGGAGCAAUGCAUGUCUGAGUAAGCGCAUGCAUGAAGUUAUUGGGAAUUGCGAAAAAAUCGGCUGUACAUCUCGAUUUCGAAGAUUGGGUGUUCGUGGGUUGCAGGAAACCUUCUCGGUUGCUGAAAGUGCAGGCUAACAAAAGCAAUUGAUGUUAUUCUUAUUCAAGACUUCGAGUAAUAGCACUUCACCGAAAAAUAAAUGCAGCUCUCCCGUCCAAUAACGCUUAAGUGUGGUUUGAUCCUCCCGAAUCGACUGGUCAAAGCUGCUGUAGCUGAGAGCAUGGCACCUGGCAACAACCUCCCUGAUGAGCAAUUUCACAGCCUCUAUGCCCACUGGGCUGGGGGUGGCUGGGGCAUGAUAGUUACGGGCAAUGUACAAGUCGAUACUAUGUUUCUUGGGACACAUAGCGACCUUGCAGUUGACAACUUAAUGGAUGAUGACACCAUCAUAUCAGCAUGGAAAUCUUGGGCGACAAUACUCAACAAGAACAAUACACCAACUGUCAUGCAACUCAACCAUCCAGGACGUCAAUCUCCCACUGGUGCGGGUAGACGCAGCAUAUUUGCAAAAUCAAUUGCUCCGAGCGCAAUUCCUUUGGACUUGGGAUCUGGAGUUAUUGCCCAGACUUUCUCUGCUCUAGUAUUUGGGAUACCGCGUGAAAUGACCCUUUCGGAAAUCAGGAAUAUCGUGAAACAAUUUGCACGAGCGGCACGUCUUGCAGCCCAAAGUGGAUUUGCUGGUGUUGAAGUGCACGCAGCACAUGGGUAUCUACUCCAUCAAUUUCUUUCGGAGGCAUCAAACAAACGAACCGAUUCUUACGGAGGUACCCCAGAAAACAGAGUGAGAAUCGUCGUGGAAAUCAUCAAGGCCAUUCGAGCUGAGGUCCCAGCUGGGUUUUGCGUAGGCAUUGUCUUGAGCUCGCCGGAUCCGCCCUUGAAAUUAUUCGAUAUUCAAGCUUUACAGAUAAAAUCCAUCAUAGGUGCCGGUAUAGACUUUAUCGAAGUCAGUGGCGGGACCUUUGAGAAUCCAAGCAUGUUCACCGGUCCCCACGCAGCCCCCAACCUACAGCCUGAAAAUGGGUUGGAGGAGCCAUUUUUUGCUGAAUUCGCUGAGGCUGUAGGGCAUCUGUUCCCAGAUAUUCCCUUGAUAUUAACUGGAGGUUUCCGAAGUUGUCAGAGUAUGGAGAAGGCGAUAGCUCGAGGGGUCUGUCAGUGUGUUGGUCUGGGAAGACCGGCAGUGAUAAACCCGGUACUGCCGAAGUCCAUCGCUUUGAAUCCCACGGCAAGCAAGGAGAUUGAUGUGUUAUAUACAAAGAAAAUAGAGGCACCGUGGUAUGUCAAGCUGUUAGGGGUCCGUGCUCUAAAUGUUCAUUUUGACAAUGCAUGGUACAUUCGACAGCUGAAGGAAAUGGCUUCGGAAAAAUCAAUCACUGUACAUUUCAGAACCACUCCGUUCUCCAUAUGGAAGCCUCGCACAAUUUGGACAGCCUGGGCAAUACCUGCUUAAUUCUCAGCUUUCAGUACUUCUUAGUUUAGCAGCAGUCACUUUUUUGUUGCGACCUGAGUUGCUUCAUAUUUUACACUUUCUCAUCUUUCCUUUAGUAUCAAUUGACCAGUCUCUAAUCAGAAGUUGAACAAAGGAUCUAGUCUGAAUAAGAGGCUAAGAGCUGCGUAUUCUAAAUGAC